GCGAAAAAAUAAUUUUUUAUUUUGACGUGUUUGAUGGUCCAACAUCGAAUUUUAUUCAAUUUUUAUCUCAAACGAAUCCAAUGUAUUCAAUUUUCCAGUAAACUUAAGUUGAAUAAUUUAAGUUUGAGUGUUUUAUUGUAAAUUCCUAUUUCAACCAGUGUAUGAACUGCCAGGUUAACUAAUGGCUACCAAACGCAAAAGCACAAUCGGUGUAAAUUCGCCAACAGUAACAGUAAGUUCGCCGGCCGUAAGAACAUCGGCGGCAAACUCUCCAGCAGUACGAACUCCAACUGUGAAUUCGCCCGCUGUGAGAACACCAGUGGUGGGCUCCUCUGCAGCUGCACGAGCUCCGGACGACGAAUAUGUCGAAAACGAAAAUGAAGAAGAUCUAAACAUGUCCGAUGAUGAGGAAGGUGGAACGCGUAUUGGUGACAUUUAUAUACCGCCACCAGUCAAACCGUAUUGCUCUACGGAAAGUAUUGGACCGCGUUUAAUUAUAACCAAAAUUUCCAACAACAAUUUCAAGAGUUACGCUGGAGAGGUCGUUCUGGGUCCAUUUUCUAACUGCUUCCACGCAAUCAUCGGACCCAACGGGUCGGGAAAGUCAAAUGUCAUCGAUUCCAUGCUGUUCGUGUUCGGUUACAGAGCCAACAAAAUCCGCUGUAAAAAGCUUUCCGUUUUGAUUCACAAGAGUUCGGCUCACGAAAACGUCAGCUCAUGUUCGGUGGCCGUUCAUUUUGCUCAAAUUGUCGACAAACCAGAUGGUUCCUAUGAAUUUGUACCGAAUUCCGCGUUUGUCAUCUCUCGGACGGCGUUCAGAGACAACAGUUCAUAUUACACGAUCAACAAUCGGCGAGUGCAUUUCAAAGAAGUGGCCAAGAUGCUGAAACAACAUAUGGUCGAUCUCGAUCACAAUCGUUUCCUCAUUCUGCAAGGUGAAGUCGAAUCGAUUGCCAUGAUGAAGCCGAAAGGGGCAAGCGAAAGUGAAUGCGGCCUGCUGGAAUAUCUGGAAGAUAUUGUUGGAACAACGCGAUACAAGGAGCCUCUCCAAAAGAUCAACAGUCGCGUGGAAAUUUUAACCGAGGAGAGUACGGACAAGCACAAUCGUUGCAAAAUGGCCCAACGCGAAAUGGACGAUCUGAAUGCGCCCAAAGACCAAGCCAUCGACUACAUUAACAUGGAGAAUGAGAAGACACGAGCGCAAAAUUUAUAUUUUCAAAAGAUGGUGUUCACCAAGAACGCCCAACUGAUCGAGCUGUAUCAAAAGCAAUCCGAUGUGGUUACCGAGUUGAAGGAACACGACGAUAAAUAUGCCGAGAUAAAUCGACUGCGUUUGGAGAAGGAGAAAAUGAUUGAAGACGAAAUGAAGCAAUACGACAAAUUGUUGAAGAGCAAGGAAGAGAGUGAACAAAAGGUUGCGUCGUCAAUGCGCAAAGUCGAUAGCAUCAAUCAAACUAUGGAAUCGGUCAAUAAGCAACGGAAACAGUACAAGACUCAGAUAAAGAAGGAAGAGGAAAAAUUAAUCGAAUUGAAGAAGAUUCCAUCGAAAAACGCUUCCGAAAUCGCCGAAAGCGAGACGAAAAUCGAAAAACUGACGGCCGAGAAGACGAAAAUCGAGGAACAAUUGGAAAAGAAUCUGGAAUCGCUGCAAGAGCAAACGCAACCGUUGAUUGAGAAAAAAGAGAAAUUCCAAAACGAUCUGCUGGGCUACCAGACCAAAGUCGAUGAGUGCAAGGCCGCGCUGACUGUGUCGUCGAAUGAGCUGAAAAUCGUCCAGCACAGUGAAACGAGCGAACGACAGAAGUACAAUACGUGGAAGGACUCACUGGAAGAAUCGAAAAAGGACUUUGAUGAGAAAAAGGCACAGCUGAAGGAAUUGCAAUCCAAUUUACCGGAGGUGAAACAAUCGGCUGUCAAUUACAGACAGCAAUUGGAGGAUCGGGUGAAAGAGGAGAAUGAAUUGACGCUACAACUACGCCGAUUACGAACUGAAGUGGACGAAAAGAACAGUGCCAUGAGAGCAGCGCGAUCGAACAAUAAAAUUGUGGAUUCGUUGAUGAAGCUCAAAAUCAACGGAACUAAAGGAUUCGAAGGUGUUCUGGGACGUUUGGGUGACCUGGGUGGAAUCGACGCCAAAUAUGACAUUGCAAUCUCAACGUGUUGCGGACGAUUGGAAAACAUUGUGGUAGAUACAGUCGACACGGCUCAAAAGUGCAUCAAACAUCUUGCUGAUAACAGACUGGGUCGUGCUACUUUCAUUGCCUUGGAGAAAAUGAAACCGCCGCACCCGAGAGCCCAAUAUCCGGAAAAUGUGCAUCGAUUGUACGAUCUAAUUCGAGUGGAAGAUGACCGUGUUCGGUCGGCUUUCUAUUUUGCACUUCACGAGACUCUCGUCGCCGACGAUAUUGAUCAAGCGACCCGAAUCGCUUACGGUAGUACUCGUUACCGCACAGUGACACUGAAGGGUGAACUAAUUGAAAUUAGUGGCUCAAUGUCCGGUGGUGGCCGGCCGAUCAAAGGCAGAAUGGGACAACAAGUUAAAACAAAAACAUCUCGUAACGAUGCCAACACGUCCAUGUCAGCGGAUGAUAUCGGCGAAAUGAAUCGCAAAGUGGAGGAGUUGAGCAACCGAAUAAGUUACUGUCAGGAACAACAAGGUCAACUGGAAAAAGAUUUGCGUAACAUAGACGUGUCCAUCAAGCAAAAGGAAACAGCGCUCAAGCGUCUCACCACUGAGAUUAACAGCCUGGAAAAGUCUAUGCCGCAGGUGGAGGAACAGUGUGAGGCCCAGAGGCAACGAAUGGAAGCGACCAAAAGCGAUCCAGCCAAGGUGAAGGAAUUGCAGUCCGUCAUCCAGAAAAACGAAGAGGCAUUGAAAGUGUCCGAGGCAGAAGCGAAGAAGAUAAAGGACAAGGUGUCCGAAGUAGAGAAGAAAAUCAAAUCGAUCACUGCGGAGAAAGUGAAAUCGUUGGAGAGCAAGAUCGAUGACAUGGGCAAACAAAUCACCAAAUUAUCGAAAAAUGUGUCCCGGCUGAAGGUGGAGGUAAGCACAUCGGAACGGAAUUGUGUUAAAUGCCAGGAAACGAUAGAGAAUUUGAACAAGGAAGUGGUCAACGCGCAGGAGCAGAUUAUGGCUAAAAAUCAGGAACGAGACGAGACAUUCAAGGAAAUGGGAGAGUUUAAGGUGAAAGUUCAGGAAAUCGAGGCCGAAAUUAACAAAGCUCAGUCUGGUGGCACCGAGAUCAAGAAAGAAAUAUUAAAAUUGCAACAAGAAGAGCAACAAGGCAAGGUAUUGCGUGUCGACAUUGAGCAAAAGUUGCAGGAAAUCGAGAAAGUUGUGAAUGACGUGAAGGAACAACUACCGAAGUUGAAGCACCGUUUGAAGGGUCUAAAACUUCGUGAAAUCCCAAAGCAAGAGCCACAAGAACCGCUCAAAGUCUAUCAGGACGAAGAGCUUGGUACACAUAAAAUCAAAGAUUUAGACUACAAAAUCACCUGCCUUGACGAACAGAUUCUGGCCACCCCGACACCGAACAUCGGAGCUAUCGAAGAGUAUUACACGCGCCGGGAAGUGUAUCUGGAACGGGUUCGAGUGCUGGAAGACAUUACGAAAAAGCGAAACGAAAUGCGGCAUUUGUACGAUGAGGUGCGUAAAAGGCGUCACAACGAAUUCAAGGAGGGAUUCAACAUCAUCACCCGCAAAUUGCGCGAAAUGUACCAGAUGAUAACGCAAGGUGGCGAUGCCGAAUUGGAAUUGGUCGAUUCGAUGGAUCCGUUCACUGAGGGCGUUUCGUUUAGCGUACGUCCGCCGAAAAAGACGUGGAAAAACAUUUCGAACUUGAGUGGUGGCGAGAAAACACUGUCGUCACUGGCACUGGUAUUUGCUCUACAUUAUUACAAACCGUCGCCAUUGUACUUCAUGGACGAAAUCGACGCUGCGCUCGAUUUCAAGAACGUAUCGAUUGUCGCAAAUUACAUCCGCGAACGGACUCGCAACGCCCAAUUCAUUAUCAUUUCGUUGCGAACCAACAUGUUCGAAUUGUCGCAUUGUUUGACGGGCAUCUAUAAGGUGCACGAUUGUACACAAUCCCUAUCAAUGUCAAACUCUGUGCCGGAAUAUUGUUUACCGCCACCGUCAUCGCAAGCCUGCAGUCAACCGAUGGAAGAUGUCACGAGACCAAGUCAGGAAUUCGGCGACAAUGCCGAAAAUGGAAGACAGUCGUCAUUCACGCAGCGUGCUCAGACUGAACAAGCCGAUACCAGCAGUCAGGACAUGUUUGACGAAAUACGUAAUGGUGCAGCCCCUGUGGACGUUCCAACGCAACCAAUGGAAGUUGCCGAGCCAAUGGAAGUAUCUUAACAAAGACUCUAGACGACUGUCAUCAAUUUGUUUAUCUUUUUUUUUAGAAAAUUCUGAACAAUAAAACUUUUCUUGUACUCUA